GUACUACUUUAUGGAAAUCACAAAAGACCCAAAUACUAACAUACUCAAAUCUUUGAAGCUAAAUUCUCAAACCAAAAUUUAAACUGCAACCCUUCGCACUAAACAGUAGCUAACGUACUAUGAAGAAGUGAGAAGUUGUGUUGAGAGAGACUGAACGCUGUAAUCGAAAACCUGUGUGUUGAUUUGUCGAAUUUUUGUUUCACACGUUAAUAAAAUAGUAGAAGGGCUACCGAGAUGAAAGUUGAUGUUGAAAGUAGGAAACACUUAAAUCUGUGGUGUAGCAUACUGUAUUGUUUAAAAACUAUAACUUUUCCCAUUUGAUAUGAGUUCCAUGAAACACCAGAUAUUUGAUUAUGAUAAGAUUCAUACACAUCAUUUCCACUUCAGCAAUCCACACUCUCAUUUCAACUUAUUACCACCUGGUUGUUUAUUUGUAUUUUCUAGUUGAUCAAAUACAUUUACAAAAUUCCUCAUUUAACAUGAAUAAACGUUUAUUUCACGAUUUUAGGAUAUGUGGUAAUAAUCUCCACUGGUGGGAUAAAAAUGUUGACUAAGGACUUAAAGGAUUAUUUUGAAGUGCCACAAGCACCACAUGUCAUAAGUUCGGGCUAGGUGAAACUAGGGGAAAUUACGACAUGUUAUUCUUCUGGUUCAUUGUGGAGCACGGAGAUAGGAAGCAUGCAACCAAACACUAGUCAGUUGUCAUUCCCGACUUUAUAAAGUGAAACAUAGCGUUCCUGGACAAUUAUUAUGACUUCUAAAAACUUUUUGAAAGUUUUGCAAAGACCUCCUACUUCUACGCCUUCCUUUAGCUUCUUUUUGAAGGAAACACUGAUAAAGCGGCGUAGAAUGAUCAAAAGUAAUCCACCACUUCAUAAUUUAGAAGCUUUAUUCCUUUUUAAUUUAAUCGUAAGUCUGGAUUUUUAUUUUGAGAAAACCAAUAGACUCUUGCUGAGGUUGAUUAUACGGAAAGACUUUUUUCUUUAGUAAAUAAAUAGCUGUAAUCAUUAGAUAAAAACAAGACAAAUCCACAGAUUCGUUAAAAAGGUCUCCUCACUAGUUGCAAGUAGCAUUAAUCAGUGAAAUAUUUCACUAUAUGUAUGGUAAUGGUAAUGGAAUCAUUCACUAUUUCAGUUUUCAUUUCUUGAAAAUUUUAAUUAACGUCAUUUAUAUGAAUAUGGUAAAUAAACAUCCUUCUUGUACACUGAGUGCUCGUAAGCUACAGUCAAUGUGUAAUCUCUGUUAGCCUAAACUGAAUCACUGGAAGUACGAGCCAUCCUUUCGAACUAAGGUGGUGUUAACUAAUUUUCUUCUAGUGACAGCGUCUAAUUGGGGAGAAUAAAGUAAGAGACUAUUGCGAGUAUACAACUGACGGCUGAAGAGUCCCAAACUAGGAUGAAACAGCUGUCCAGUACUCCCAGGUUUUCCAGUGGUUCUCUAACUAAUGUCAGCUCAUGAUGAAAUCCUGUAACUGAAAAACUGUUUAAUGAUAUAAUUAUGAACAAUAUAUUGUGUCUGAAAUACCCUCCAGUAAAUGAUUCUGUUUCACUAAGUGAUGUAUCCAUUAAAUAUGGAAUGUUCACUGUUCAUCAACCUUAAAGUUGAGAUUUUUUUGGUUGGCAAUAAAUUUCUUUGCCUCUCUUAAGUACACUCAUGUGUGAUCACAGUAACUGUUCCUUUUCUAAAAACAAAAAUACAAACUGUGCGUCGGUGGCACAGUGGUUAGGACUCUCGCGACCAUGCAGAUGGUCCAAAGUUCGAUUCCCUGCCGGCGCACACCUGAUAUCUAUGGUCGGCCUGCAAAUUUGGGCUACCGAUAUCACAUUCUGAAAAUUCCAUACUUGUACCAAAAAUAGUGUGGAAUCAAGCUGUAAUGAAAAAAAGACUUGUCAGACAAAGUUAUUAUACUUUUAGAUGCGAUUAUUAUUUUGCUGUCAUUAUUUCUAAGUCUGCUUUUUUUAAAAAAAACUGUAUAAAGUUGGAGAAAUUGACAUUUUAUUUCCUGGCUACUGUAGAAUUUAUCCAACUAAAAUAAACACUACUCCUUUCUCAUGAAAACGCCCUCAUUGUCUGCCGUCGUCUCUGUGUCUCUUCUUACUGUCUUUUACUUUCCUGUCAAUCCUUUAGGAUGACAACGUGUAUUUUACAAAUCCUGUACAAAUAUUAAAUAUUAUGCGUGAUUUAGAGGACACUAAUUUACGAUUGAUUCAGCACUGUCAAGAAUCAGAUGAUACCAUUGAAAUAUUACGGAAUCAAGUGAACGAAAGUGUAGAUAACUAUCAGAAGGAUGUUCGCAUUUUAUCGAAACACCAAACCUCCCUUCAAGAAGCCAUUAACUCGGAAAAAAUUAAAACUCAAUGCUUAAAUUUGAGUAUGAGUGACUUUUUAUUUUCGGGUUACAAUUCAGAACAGCAGAAAUUAAUUUUGAACGAUCUUCAUGAAACUAUUACUGAGGUUUAUCGAGAUACUAUUCGGAAAUCUGACACACCAUUGAGUUCACUACAAAUGUUAUACGAAAUUGAGGCUAAAAUGGUUGACCUACUAGAAUUUCUGCAAACGCUUCCUGAAGAUGAAGUAAAGGAAGUGAAACAGGCCAAAGAAGCUGAACAACGACAACAAAUUAAAGAAGAGAAGAAGAAUCAACAACGGAUAUAUCAAGAGGAGCGAAUACAAAAGGCGUUAGAACGUGCAAAAGCUGAACCAAAGAAACAAACUGGGCGCAGACUGGUGACUCGAUCACAGCCUCCAGUAAUACAUAAAUCAGAUGACAAGAAAAAUGAUGCAGAAGCUAGAGAAGCAAAGGAGCUAGCCUUCUUAUUCGAAUGAAUAUGCUUUAACUAAUAAUAAUAAUAAUAAUCAAAACAGUAACAGUCUAACUUACAAAUUUAUCCACAGCUUUUCUUAAUAUUUUUCUACGCAUAAUAACCAUACUACUUAUAAUAAUAAUUAUUAUUAUUAACAUUCAAGAUUUUGUAAACUUUUCGUGUGCAGAUGUACAUUUUUACGGAUCGCAAAUUUCUCAUAUAGGGGCAACUGGGUAUGAUUCUUUAUUCCCAAUGCAUUGCUGAUCAACUGUACAAUGAAAAUAAAGUUUUAUCUUUGCUUGGUUUACCACUGAUAAAUUUAUUUCUCAUUCACACCCUACAGUAUGCUGUGCUCCAUAAUGUUUUAGCUUUGGCGAUGAACUCCUAACCAGACUUUUUCAGCUAGUGGUCAGUGUAUA